UUCCUAUUCGCCUUCUCAGCGUCACAUGUGGAUGAGGUUCUGUUCUGUGGGAUUCUCUCAGUGGUUUUGGCACGACCAGAACCACCCCGAGAGUACGGGCCUCCUGCGCAGGAAUACGGGCCUCCAGCGCAGGAGUACGGACCGCCAGCUCAGACUUAUGGACCUCCGCCGGAGAAGAUCAUCUCCAAGAACAUCUACAUCCACGUUCCACCCGAGGAGCCGGCGGAGUUCGUCCCAAGUCAGCGUAUUGAAGUCCCAACGCCCAAGAAGCACUACAAAGUCAUCUUCAUCAAAGCACCGGCGCCACCCACGCCCACAGUCCCCGUGAUCCCGGCGCCCAUUCAGGAUGAGCACAAGACUCUGGUCUAUGUGCUGGUGAAGAAGCCCGAAUCUCAGCCGCAAGUCGUCGUGCCGCCGGCGCCACCGACAGAGCCCAGCAAACCCGAAGUCUACUUCAUCAAGUACAAACAAGAGCCAACUCCUGCGCCCCAAUAUGGUCCGCCAUCGAGCAGUCCAUCAAAUGAAUGUCAUUUUUUCAUCCAUUGA